AUGGUUGAUCUUAGCAAAUUAACAUAUUUUCCUAUUAUUUGGGAGAUAACUCGAAUUUGGAGGAUUAACACUUUUAAGUAGGAUUAAGUGAAUCUAUGAAUGUUCAGAUGUCAAAAUUUGAGAGAUGUGGCAGAGGCCACACACAAAAUUGAUACGAAGUCCAAUUCAACCCCAUUAGAAUGGACGAGAAGAGAAUGAGAUAAAAUAACUCAAGAUUUACAAAGUAGGAAACAAAUUGUAACAAAUUGAGUUUUAGGUGGUUAAAGUGAGAUUAAGUGACAAUUUCAAGGGCAUUUCAUGAAAAUAAGAAAAGAAAAGAAAAGAUUAACUCUCUCCGUCAAAGCGCGCACCUUUCUCCUCUGUCUCUCUCAAACUCAGUCUGAGCAGCCAUGGCGAAGCUUGCAGUCAUGGUGAAGACGAGAAAUUGAGGAAGCAGAUCACUAGCCUGGCGUCAAUUUCGGGUUGAGUAGUUCAUGCUUUUCGGAAACUGACGAGGUUUUAGAUGGGGGAUUCUGAGGUCAAUGUGAAGGCUCAGAAGACAGUUUUUGUAACUGUUGGAACUACUAGUUUUGAUGCUCUUGUUAGAGCGGUGGAUACACAUGAGGUUAAAGAAGAGUUGUCGAAAAGAGGGUAUACUCGGAUUCUAAUUCAAAUGGGGCGUGGAUCCUAUAUUCCAACAAAGGCUGAAGGAGGAGAUGAGCCCCUUGCUGUUGACUACUUCACUUUUUCUUCAAGCAUUGCAGACCACCUGAGAGCCGCAUCUCUUGUGAUCAGUCAUGCAGGGUCAGGGAGCAUAUUUGAGACAUUGAGGCUUGGUAAGCCCUUAAUUGUUGUGGUGAAUGAAGAUCUGAUGGAUAACCAUCAAAGUGAGUUGGCAGAAGAACUAGCAGACAGGAAGCAUUUGUACUAUGGUCGCCCGCAGACACUUCAUCACGUUGUAGCAGAUAUGAAUUUGGAUUCCCUCGUUCCUUACCAUCCAGGUGAUGCGACACCAGUUGCCAAGCUUAUCAACAGGUUCCUUGGUUUUGCAGAUGAAUGACAGAAUUGUAAAAUGUUACGACUUUUAUACUGAAUCUGUCGAUGAUAUAGUCUUUUGCAUAUUAUCGAUCGAGAAGCAUGUUCGGUUGGCUAGGAUCUCAAAUACUUUUGGGUAUCAGUUUGGGAAGACUUAAUUUCAUUUGCGUAGUUGAGACUCUUUAA